GCGGUAAGGCGCUGCCGUGGUGCCUUCAGGUAUGGUUCCUCGGGGGGAAGUGGGGGUGGUGGGGUGGGCGCAGCCGUUUUUACAGACCUCUUCUCAUUGCCAGGCUGGUGGUAAAGCUGGGAAGGACUCCGGAAAGACCAAGACCAAAGCAGUGUCCCGUUCUCAGCGGGCUGGACUGCAGUUCCCUGUUGGCCGCAUCCAUAGGCAUCUGAAGUCUAGGACUACCAGCCAUGGACGUGUAGGAGCCACAGCUGCUGUGUACAGUGCUGCAAUCCUGGAGUACUUGACAGCUGAGUUUACUUGUCCUCAGGUUCUGGAGCUGGCAGGCAAUGCAUCCAAAGACUUGAAGGUAAAACGUAUCACUCCCCGCCACUUGCAGCUUGCGAUUAGAGGAGAUGAGGAAUUGGAUUCUCUCAUUAAGGCAACAAUUGCUGGUGGUGGUGUAAUACCGCAUAUCCAUAAGUCUCUCAUUGGAAAGAAAGGACAACAGAAAACUGUCUAAAGGAUACCAGGAUUCCUUGUUAUCUCAGGACUCUUAAGUACUUAAUUGUCCAGUGUUGGUGAUUCCAGUGGACUGUAUCUGUGAAACACAAUUUUGCCUUUUUGUAACUUUGAAAACUGAAGCUCCCUUGAGCUCUCUAACAAACCAAAUUUCUGCAUUGAAGUCUUAACCGUAUUUAAGUGUUACCAUGGCUUCAAAGAAGCUAUUGUAUUUGUAGUGAGUUCUGAUUGAGCUGACUGGUUAUAGAUUGGUUUAAGUAAAGGAAAUGUUUGGUUUUGUACAGACUUUUCAUCCACUAGAGUGGAAAUAUUCAAUAAAUGUUAUGUCAAGA